AUGCCAGCACCAAGCAAACCCAUUACCGGUAAGCAGCACAUCAACCUCGCCCUCAUCUGCGGCGACGGCCUCCCCAUCAGCGGCCUCCUCACCACCUUCCGCAACGUCCUCGACCUCAUAACCCAAACUCCCUCCUGUCCACCUCUCAUCAAUCUCCCCAUCCCAGCAGACUUAGGCUAUUCCUGGCGUCCCGACAAAGAAUCCUUCUUCCCCUACGGCCCCAAAGAAACAUUCUACCCACCAUGGCUCUCCGUCACGGACACAACUCCAGUAUCGUAUCCUGGAUAUGGAAAGAAUCUUCUGCGAAUUAGACGAGAAGUGGCACAGCCCGGCGCACUAGUUGAGGAGCAGAGACUUGACUUGCUUGAAAGAAUCAAUGUUAUUAUGGUGCCGUAUCAGACUCACUUCGAGAACUGGUUCGAGGAAAAUGAUAUUGAUUGGGUGUGUGCGGUCAAUAUGACACUAUCUGACGCUGUGCCGGUGACAAUGGCGCUUCAUCGCGCUGCGGAGCAACGAUGGGGAGGUGGUCGACCAGGUGGGGUCUUGUUCUGGGACCAUGACUUGCUGAGUAGUUAUGCCGUACAUGAGAAGAACGAACGAGUGUAUCCACUGAGACCAAAUGAGUUUACGCUUGUUCCGCAGGCAGUGCCGUGGCAUCUAUGGGCGAUUGUGUCGGAUGUGCUUCUACCAGAAACACUAUUAUAUCCAACUGACCUGCGGCCGCUUGUUGUUCCCAAUGUCUUACCUGUAUUUCCGAAGCAUGACAUUGCGAUUCCAGCAUCGAGUAUCUUUUCCAGAUUUCUCUCUGGUAUCGGUGUCUUAGAUGGUGUACUUGGCGGACGUCCAAUCUUGCUUUGUCCGAAUCGCAUCUUCCCCGUCAAAGGCAUCGAGAUCUCCGUCCGUGUUUUGGCUGCUAUCAAAGCGGUUUCUGUCAAGCGAGGAAUGGAGAUCCCGUAUCUGUUGAUCUUUGGAGAUCCGGAAGAAGAUCCGCAAUACGCAGCGGAUUUAGAACUCCUUACUGGGCACAUGGGACUCACAGAUGAUAUUCGGUUUCUUGGCGGCGUCCCCCUUGCUUCUGGAGUCAAUGGGAAAAGAUUGAUACUUGACGAGAAGGAUCUGCUGCGGCUUACUGCUGCUACUCAUGGCGGCGUUAUUUACACACCCAAUACUACGAAUGUUGAAAGCGUCGGCUUGGGUCCGGCUCUGGCGUCCAUCGCCGGUCUUCCAUGUAUGGUGUCGAAGUUUAACGCUCUUGAUCAAGUCUACGGGGAUGGCUUGAAUGUCAUUCGACUGGAUUCAUCCAGUCCGCAUGACCUCAAGGCUGCGGCCGAAGCUUAUGUGGACUGGAUGCUAGCUUCAAAGCAGGUGUCUGUGCCAGUAAGUCAGCGAGGGGGUUGGUCAGAAUUGAUGCAGCAGAAUAAAAGCUUGAUGAGAAAGAAAUUCCCCGUGAGACCAUGGAAAGAUCUGCUCAUUCAUCUCGCUGGUGAAGGAGGAGUGGAUCAUGAUUUGAUAUUGAAUGCUCAAGAGGCAUUAGUGAUGGUUGAAAGCAUUUCUCCAAGGAUGUGA